UCAUGUUCAUGUAUGUACAUGGUUAAAGCUGUAGCACAACAAAUUAUGCUGCAUGAAAGAAGCAUGAUUGCGUGGAUGAGGACAAAGUUAAUUAGUGUCAUGUUGGAGCUACCAUGAAAACUGGCUGUCUUAAACUUUUAUUUUCCUAAUGGGAUUAAGAGAAAUUGUGUUGUCAUUGCAGUAGGGGUCAACAUAAAGGCUGGUGACCUCAGUGUUCUUUUUUGUUAUACCCCCCACCCCUUCAAUCUUUCUUUCUUGUCUCCAAAUGUUGCAUUUUUUUUUCUUCUUGAAAUUGCACCUUUUGCGCUGUUUUGUUUUGAAAAUCACAUAACCCAGAAUGAAACUGGUUUCUUAUUUAAUCACUGGAAGCAAAUAUAAAACUAAAAAAGAGAUGCAUAAAUAAGGAAAACAUGUGGUGUAUGAGUCAACAAACUAUACUGAAUGUAGAAUGUAGCUGUGAGGGGGUUUGUGGUGUGGGGUGGCGUCUCUGUCUAGUGAACUCUUCCCAACGCAUCUCUUUGCAUAAUAUGGGACUGGUGUUUACGGAAGCAUCCCAAGGAACCCCAGCGAGCACCACCCCGUGGCACCUCCAGGACACCCCACCCCUCUGCUACUGUUAGCCUCGUCACAGACACCCCACAGGACUUUGUUUGUCUGUCUGUCUGUGUGUAUGGUAUAGGCCAAUCAGAAAGGCCCGCAGAUUCUUCCAUUUGGAGGGUAAUAAACUGAUAAUGAUCCUCUGUGUUGCCAAUGUGGUCUGAUUAUGUUCAUUUGUCUAUCUGCAUUUGCAUUGUCAAAGUAACAUGUUUCGAUCACUGAGAAUUCUGUGCUUGUAUUAUCUGUGGUUUAUAACAGGGAGCUUUUAUUUUUCAAAGAAACAACACAGAAAGGAUGGUAAGUUAACCUAUGUGAAUAGAUUAUUGUGCUGUAUCAUAAAUCAACAAAGUAUUUUUUUAGUUUUAUUUAACCAGACUUGGUACAGUAAAUGCAAAGUUCAGUGCAACACAGAAUCAAUGCAUGCUGACUGACACUGAAAUGUUGCCCAGUUACACAAGCCUAGGCUACUAGUAAAUGGUCAAACAGGAAGAGAGCAGCCAGUGUGCUAGAAUCCGGUUGCCUUCAGCCAACUAGCCCACAUUGUGAAUGACGUCAGCGCUGAAAUCCCAGCAUGUAAACAAAUAAACAGCUGGUGGCUGCAACUCUUGCUCGGUGGCUUAAUUUAAUGGCAGUCUCCGCUCAAAUGACCUGUGCUAUGCGCGCAUGCAUAUCACCAAGCUAGGAGAAGAAAGUCAACAUACCACAAGUAGCCACGGCCAUAUUUUCCCGACAAGGGUUGCUGGCAAAUACAUAUUUUGGUCUAAAUAUCAAUUCCCACGUUUGACAUGUCAGCCCAAACGUUUUUAAGAUUCAUUUAACGCUGCAAUAAAACUACCGAGUUGGUGUUGUGGAGAGAUACAAUACGCUGACAGCCGUGUUGUCACUGCAGAGUGCUGCGGUAGAAUUUCUGUAGCGAUGACAUCAUUGCUUUACCGAUAUGAAACAAGCGCCAUGGCGGCUCAGGGAGAGAGCUGUGGCUGUUUGCUUUUGGCCUAUCAUUAUGAACCAAGACGGCGAAUAAGAGUUACAGUUUCAUAAUUCGUCGACAUCAAAGGCUGGUGCAACGAAUCCUUUACACCAUUGGCAACGAAAGAGGUAGUCCCUCAUAGGUCAAUGCGAGGUAUACAGAAAACUAGCCAAUCAGCUUUGCUGGCGAAUCCAGGUGAUAACCCUCCUCCCGUCUCUGUGGAGUAGGUUUAUUUUGGCUUUUCCCGUUUCCCCAUCGCCGCCAUUAGACCUAGACAGCUCGGCGGUUAGGGAUGGGGAUUAAAAAUAUUUAAACCACAGUAGCAUAGCCUUAAAGACAGUCCGAUUGUGCUACAAUGCACGACUGUCGCCGAACUGGGAAGUGCGGAAGAAAUGUAAAUAUGGUGUUGUUAAAGAAAUGAGGGUGUAGGGGGGAACUCGGUGUGGGACUGGAUAGGGUUGGUGCGGAUUGGGUUGCAUUCGGGAAAGACCGAGGCCAGUGGAACGUCUCGGUGCUGCAAAGGGACCUGUGGUUGCAAAGAAAAGAGUAGCUCACAGUCCACAGGAAAAGUGUGCGAGAGGGCGUGUGUGGCCAGCCAGCCUGGUCCCCUGCCCGUGGGUGGAGGAGGAGGGAGCGAGCUGAGGGGCGCGCCGGAGCGAGGAUGAGCGAGUCGGCCAUCAAGUGGGCGUGUGAGUACUGCACCUACGAGAACUGGCCGUCCGCUAUCAAGUGCACCAUGUGCCGCGCCCAGAGGCCCGGCGGGCCCAUCAUCACCGAGGAGCCCUACAAGAUCACGCCGGCCCUGGACGCCGGCCAGUCGCCCUGGGACCCUCUGGCGCUAGGGGGUAGUGGUGGUGGUGGGGGUGGAGGUGGAGGUGGGGUCUCCACGCAGAGCUCCACGCAGAGCUCCACCACGCAGGGCUCCAGCCUGCUCAUCUGCCCGGACUCGAGCGCUCGGCCCCGGGUGCGGCUGGCCGACGAGGCCCCCGAGAGCACCACUAAGUGGUCGUGCCAGAUGUGCACCUACCUAAACUGGCCCCGCGCCAUCCGCUGCACGCAGUGCCUGAGCCAGAGGCAUCAACUACAACUACAGCAGCAGCAGCAGCAACAACAGCAACAGCAGCAGCAGCAAAUACAACAACAGCAGCAGCAGCAGCAGCAGCAGCAGCAACAGAGAAGCUCCCCAUCACCCCCACCCCCUCCGCCUGCACCCAGGUCCAGAAGUCCUGGUGAGUCACCCCAGACUUCCAGCACACCUGGUGUCCCACCCCAACAACAACAACAACAGCAGCAGCAACAGCAACAGCCGGCGUUAAUACAGCAGUCCCAGCAGCAGCAGCAAAGGAUCUCCCCUGGCCCCCCAUCCAUCAGCCCACCCCCACAGACCACCCCGCAGGCCCCGGACCCGUGCGAGGAGCGCAACGACCGCAACCGCAUCAACACCACCCAGUUCGUGGGCCAGCACUGGUCCUGCGCCGCCUGCACCUACGAGAACUGGCCCAAGACGCGCCGCUGCGUCAUGUGCGACCACCCGCGGCCCAACCACCUCACGCCCCCCUCGGGCAGCUCCCCGGAGCCCAGCGAGGCCGUCGGCAGCGGUGGCACCACCGCCACCGGCAUCGUCACCACCAUGGGCACCAUGGCCCUCAGCCCGCCGCCGUCCUCCUCGCCCACCAUCAACGAGCAGGACCGCGAGCGAUGGCGGAUAGGCGGAGGGGUGGGCUGCAGCGGCUCCAGCAUCGGCAUCGGCACUGGCGGCACCCGGAGGACCUCUCCGCCCUCCUCGGGCCGGCUGCUGUCGGACUCGGAGCCUCGCACCAUGGAGUUCCAGCGCAUCGAGCUGGCGGCCGGAGGGGGCGUGGGGGGCGAGGAGCAGGAGGUGGACUUUAAGAAACUCAAGCAGAUCCGGAAUCGUAUGCGCAGGGCCGACUGGCUCUUUCUCAACGCUUGCGCAGGCGUGGUGGAGGGGGACCUGGCGGCAGUGGAGGCCUACAAGUCGUCGGGGGGAGACAUUGCGCGGCAGCUCACCGCAGACGAGGUACGGCUGCUCAACCGACCGUCCGCCUUUGACGCCGGCUUCACUCUGGUGCACUUGGCCAUCCGCUUCCAGAGGCAGGACAUGCUGGCCGUCUUGCUCACCGAGGUGUCUCAGCAGGCGGUGAAGUGUAUCCCGGCCAUGGUGUGUCCGGAGCUGACGGAGCAGAUCCGCAGGGAGGUGGCGGCCUCACUCCACCAACGCAAAGGAGACUUCUCCUGCUACUUCCUCACCGACCUCAUCACCUUCACACUACCAGCAGACAUUGAAGACCUUCCCCCCACCAUUCAGGAGAAGCUGUUUGAUGAAGUGCUGGACCGGGACGUGCAAAGAGAGUUGGAGGAGGAGUCCCCCAUCAUCAACUGGUCCAUCGAGCUGGGCACGCGGCUGGACAGUCGGCUGUACGCGCUGUGGAACCGCACGGCGGGAGACUGCCUACUGGACUCGGUGCUGCAGGCCACCUGGGGCAUCUACGACAAGGACUCCGUACUGCGCAAGACACUACAUGACAGCCUGCACGACUGCUCACACUGGUUCUACACGCGGUGGAAGGAGUGGGAGUCGUGGUACUCCCAGAGCUUUGGCCUGCACUUCUCACUGCGCGAGGAGCAGUGGCAGGAGGACUGGGCCUUCAUCCUCUCACUGGCCAGCCAGCCUGGGGCGAGUCUGGAGCAGACUCACAUCUUCGUGCUGGCUCACAUCCUUCGCAGGCCCAUUAUCGUCUACGGAGUCAAGUACUACAAGAGUUUCCGUGGCGAGACGCUCGGCUACACACGCUUUCAAGGAGUCUACCUGCCCCUGCUGUGGGAGCAGGGCUUCUGCUGGAAGAGCCCCAUCGCGCUGGGCUACACGCGCGGGCACUUUUCUGCACUUGUUGCCAUGGAGAACGACGGCUACGACAAUCGCGGCGCGGGCGCCAACCUGAACACAGACGAUGAUGUGACGGUCACCUUCCUGCCCCUGGUGGACAGCGAAAGGAAGCUGCUGCACAUCCACUUCCUGUCUGCGCAAGAGAUGGGUAAUGAAGAGCAGCAGGAGCGUCUGCUACGUGAGUGGCUGGACUGCUGCGUGACGGAGGGCGGCGUGCUGGUGGCCUUGCAGAAGAGCUCGCGGCGCCGCAACCACCCGCUCGUCACCCAGAUGCUGGAGAAAUGGUUGGACGGCUACCGGCAGCUCCGCCCAUGCCCCACCCUCUCCGACGGCGAGGAGGACGAGGACGAUGAAGACGAAUAAAUAGACGUCGAAAAGGAGGGACAGAAAAACAAACGAACACGCAUCAGCUGUUUUCCUUUUCUUUCUUCCCUCAUGACAACGUCAGCAGACAGGAAGGCCUGCCUCUCUCAUUCUUAUCACACCUACACACACACACACACACGAAUGCACACAGGCAUCACUUAACCUACACACACAAGCUAUACAGCGUCCUAAAAUAAAAUACAAGAAACACAACUACAAAACGAAGACUGUCAAAAAAAACUUUUUUUCUUUGCUACAGGGCAAGAUAAUGGGAUGAUCUGACAAUAAAGGGUUGUAGUUUAUGAAUGCUAACAAA